UAACCCAUGGUGAAACUUUGGUUACUCAGUGAACUCUGAGAUCUACACUUCCUCCAAAACUGAAAGGGGCGUUAUCCACUUUUUAAAAAAAAUCAUUUAGCAAGAAAACGCUUGAUAAUAGACGGCGUGAGGUUGCAUAGCUGCUUUUUUAAAAAAAUAAUCAGAUUACAUUGCAUUGAUGAAGUUGUAGUUUUGGUUAAUGGGCUGUCUUCUCCUAUAGAGGAGCUUCCUUGUGUUAAAAGGGUGGCUCUGUGUAUUCGGUUGGGAGGAGUUACUGAGCGUCGUCAGUGUGAGAGACCCAAAUUAAUCCCAGUGUAGAUACAAUCAUUAACACGCAAGGUGCUGGGAGGAGUUACUGAACCUUGUAGUGCGAGGAACCUGAGUUGGCACCAGUAAAAGACCGUCCUUUUUUUUUCCUUUUGAGUGACUCGAGAAUUUUUUGUGAUGUUUUUCAUUACUAUCCAUUUGAGUCUGAGAGUUUAACUUCCUCGUACUGUAAGGUCCAAUUAAACUUCCCCGGCUGCUCCAGCACGAUGUCGUCGUCUUCAAUGUUGUUGAAACAGAAAUAUUACAAAAAGCAGCCGAAGAAGCGAAAUGCCAAUCAUAAAAUACUUUUGUCCAUGAAAAUGGCCAAUGGAGUAGAUGGCCCUAUAGGUAUCCCAUUCCCUGAUCACAGCAGUGACAUUCUCAGUAGUCUUAAUGAGCAGAGGAACUAUGGUUAUCUCUGUGAUGUUAUCAUCAUAGUGGACGGGCAGGAAUUUCGGACCCAUCGAUCUGUCCUUGCAGCCUGCAGUCAAUACUUCAAAAAGCUCUUCACAUUGGGGGCCAUUGUGGACCAACAGAAUGUUUAUGAAAUAGACUUUGUCACAGCAGAAGCUCUCUCGGCAUUGCUGGAGUUUGCGUACACGGCAACCCUGACUAUAAGCACUUCAAACGUAAAUGAGAUUUUAAAUGCAGCGAGGCUGCUGGAAAUCCAAUGUGUGAGCAAUGUCUGCCAUGAUCUCCUUGUAUCAAACGCCCUGGCCAGCAAGGAGAUAGCAGAUUAUGUAGAUCAAAUUGAUCAGAGGAACCUCCUGAGAGCAAAAGAAUAUCUAGAGUACUUCCAAAGCCCUCCAGCCAAUGGCCACAUGGACAACCAAUGGCCAGGUCUUGAACUGAAUGACCUUCCAAGAGCGCACUUUAAAAACGGAGUUAGUGAAGAGCUGGCACAGAAGGCACAAGAGGUCUAUCCAGAAAUGGCUACAAACGACCAGCCGGUCCAAACGGUGGACAAAUCCUUGCUGUGGAUCAAGAGGGAGGAUGUCACUGGCCCUUCGUUUUCCCCCUCACAGAAUGGAGACUAUCCUGAUGUCAGUCUCCAUGAAGAAGACGGGCUUCUGGAACAUCAAGAGUUGGCUAUGCAUCCAAACUUUACCCCAGCUGAAGAGAUGAAAUUGGAGCUAAACAAGGAUGAAGUGGAUUCCAUUUCAUCUCGAGCCUUCCUGGAACGGAUUAUAAACUCAGUCGAUGAGUCCUAUGACAAGAACUUGGUGAAAGAAGAAAAUGAUCUCGAUUCAUACUUGAAUUUCUUCACCCCAUCCUUUGAGGGUGAAGGCUACUCUUCCUGGUCCAAAAAAAGUGAGAAAAAAGUGAGGGCAAAAGCAUUCCAGAAGUGUCCGAUCUGUGAGAAGGUGAUUCAGGGAGCAGGAAAACUGCCACGUCACAUCAGGACUCACACGGGCGAAAAACCAUAUGAGUGUAACAUCUGCAAUGUCCGUUUUACAAGACAGGACAAGUUAAAAGUUCAUAUGAGGAAACAUACAGGAGAGAAGCCCUACUUGUGUAUUGAGUGUGGAGCUGCAUUUGCGCACAACUAUGACCUGAAGAAUCACAUGCGUGCCCAUACGGGCCUCCGCCCCUACCAGUGCGAUUCCUGCUUCAAGACCUUCGUCCGUUCGGACCACCUGCACAGGCACCUUAAAAAAGAGGGCUGCAACGGCACCCCCUCCGCGAGGGGGCGCAAGCCGCGGGUGAGGGACACCAGCAGCCUUGCGGCAGAGGGGUCAAAUGAUCCUGGCUGUGGAGAGGGCAUCGGGGAGGAGGCUGUCAGCCUGAACAUGGAGUUGGAAGAAAACAGCAACCAACAGCACUUUGAAGAUCGACCGGAAGAAGAUUGCUCUAAGAUUUUGGAGAGUGAAGAGCUCCCUGAGAGGCUGAAUGUAGAUGAGGAUUUGAUUGAGGAUAACAAAAGCCAAUUGUGUGAAAGCUAAACCAAAUUAUGGUAACAGGGAGGUGGGCGGGAUGGGCAGGGAAUAGGGGCACAAACCUUCUAUUAGUAGUUCCUCAUCCUUUUUAAACAAAAAUGGGCAAGAAGGAUUUUUUAUUUACGUUAAUUCAGAAAUAGCUUGGUAGUAGAAUGCUUAGACCUCUUGUUUUACAGUUUAGGCAAAAGAAAUCACUGCUAGAAUCUUAAGUUGAAGUUGACCUAUGCUACUGUCUUCAGGCCCUGGUAACUGAUGGGUAUUGAUCCUUGGUACAUGUUCAAAUGCUUGCUGACCCUCAGUGCAAAUGAUGCUUAUGGAUAAAUAUGAGGGGCCAAGGUUCAUGUAGGUACUUCCCUAAUAUCACCACAGGUUUCCAGUAUGUAUUGGCAUUGGUCAGUUUCUAAUUUUAAUCAAACAGAAAGUAAUGUUAAAUUAUGAUUUUUUUUGAAUUCAUAGUUUGGUGUAACUAGCUUUUAUUUUUAACAUUCGAACUUUUGACUAUACAGUACAAACACAGGACAUGAACAGCUGUAAUGAGAUUGACUCUAGUAAAACAAAUUUCUAGGUGUUUUUAAAAGAAUAUUUAGCUUUUUUGUUUCCAAAGUCAGGUUCCAAUUAAUUUUCAUUUUGAAAAAAAUGUUGCUGUUUUGCAAACAGGUUUAAAAUCUAAGAAUUUAGUUGUUUUUAAAGGAACGUUUACUGAAUGUACAGCGUCUGUGACAAUAGUGAAUUUGAAAGGAUUCGGGACUGAGAUGGUAUAGAAAAGGUUUGCACCUUUUCAAGUUAGCAAUAAAGUUGGAAGGCCUAGCACUUUUAUACAGAGGGUUUCAGCUGUUUGCAGAUCAGGACCCUAUGUAAAAAUGUUUACAAGUGAAUCCCUAAUCAGUCAAAUAUGGAGAAAGGGAAAGGGUGAGAAAACUACUAAUUCUAUUUUGUAACAUAAUAAUUAUAUAGACCCUCUAAGCUCAUUGCACUUCUAGCCAAGAGCUCAACUUGGGCUAGGUCAUACAAGGCCCUCACCCAGUGUUCAUCAGUUUGGUCCAUAUAAGGUGGAGCGGGGGGAAAGAAAGUGAGAUUGUAAAAUUAUUUCAAAAGGUAAGAUUUUAUUGAAAUUCAUGGCAUGAAUUGUAAAUUAAUUUUCUAGUAAUCCACUCCAGACAACAUUGUGGGAUGUUGACAAAUCCAAGAGACUGAAUGCAUUGUUAAAAAGAGAAACCUUAAUUCUAAUUAAUUGUGUGUUUAGCAGGCAACUGUGCCUUCUUUGUUCAGGUGAAUUAUUAUUUGGUGGCACAAUGCUCGGUCUGGUGUUCAAUUCAAGUUACUGUCUUGGUUUUACCAAGGUGUAUUCUGACAAAAAGAUGAAAGCUGGUGCCUAUUAUAGCUAAUAUUGGAGGUAACUUGGCCAUGUGCUGUGUGGGCUUUCUUGAUAGUGUGAAUCCUUGACCUACUUUUUUGGUUGCUGCUUCACAGAGCUUACAUGAAAAGUAGAUCUUGAGCCUUUGAGAUGUCUACAAUAAUUCCUUCAGUCCAUGGCAAACACUUAACUACCAUAGAGAAUGCCUAAAGCAGACAAAACAUUUAUUUUCUGUAGAGUUUUAUUAGAGCGUGGUGAAUUUUUAGGAGGGAAGAAUUCUAAUGGCAUUUAAAUUCUUGUCAUGCAACAAUAGAUUUAGAGCUUAUAAUUAGCAAGGAAAGCUCCUAAUUUCUCUUGACCAUUGAAUUGAAUAGCCACCUACUCUAUAAAUAAUCAGAGGUUUUUAUUAUUGGUUGACCAGAGUAGGUUGGCUGCAACAUCCUCACCAGUUGGUCUUAUUCCCUCCAAACUAUUUCCAGAUCCAAAUGGAGAACUGAAGCAACAUUGGGUGUAUUAUUUGGCUAACAAGUCCUAGUGUGGGUGUGUAAAUAAUAUAUAUUUCACUUAAGAUUUUAUUUAAUGGAUUGACCUUACUUUUUGAUAGUGAACUUGUGGGGCAAGAUGUGUAUGUCAGCACUGUGUGAAGAGGAGAGGGUGUGGAAGCUUAGAGGGGAAAGGAUGUUAGACACCACUACAGGCAACAUUUUACCACAUUCCUUAUUUUUGCACUAAAAAAAAUCCUUUAACAUGCAGGAACAAGCACUGUUAGAUGUGGAAUACACCUUCAGCGUAUGUUUUUGGUUGGUGAAUAGUCAACAAGUUCAGGAUACCAACAGUCAAAACUCAUUGAUAUAUAUUUGUGUUUGGAGUAUUUCGUCAUUCUCAUACACACCCUCUUUAAAAUACUAUCUUAGGGAGUUGUAUGAAAGUGUGUUUGAACAAGGUGUGUGUAAUGCAGUGGGCGGGGAGUGUGAUCUCUAUUUAAAUUUUCUUUUUAAAUAUGAUUUCUCUACAAUAGAGGGAGCUGUUAAAAUGCAUGCUAUAUGUGGGGUUGUGAUUUUUCUAGAGUGUUCGAAUGAAGAGGCUCAUCAUAUAUUUGUGUAGAUUUGUUAACUUGUGUCCCAAUGACAAAUGUUAUAAAGUGUUGUAUGAAUUCUGGAUUAAUGUUAUACUUGGAAUUCUCAUGAAACACAGCAUUGGUUAGACUGACUUUUCAGUUGUGGGAGGAUAUGAAAAAAAAUGGGCUACUUACUUGGACUUGCUUAGCAGUUAACCAUUUUAGAUCAAUUUCAGAGCCUUUUCCUUGGCUAGAAUCUGCAACUCUGAAGUAAAAACAGUUCAUUUUAGAUGAGCAGAGUAGUUAGUCGAUGGCACAGACAGAGAUAUGGCAAUCAGUUAUGUAUGUGUGUAAUAAUAUAUAUUCUAAAAUCUUUUCCUCCUGCACGCCCAGCCUCCUAAUCUCCAAUUCCUGCAAAGUUAUGUCUAGUCACUGGAUUAAUCUAAAUGGCUUUCUUCACUUCCCUCUCUACGAUGGUAUCAUGUGCCAUUUUUUCUUGUUUUGACCAAGUUCUCCUACCAUAAUUGACCAUUUCACACACUUGAUCUAUUAAAACAGCGUAGUAAGACUUGAAAUUGUGAGGAUGUCUGGGUGGUUUUGUAGGUGAAGAAAGUUCAUGUUGCAUUUCAGAUGUUGUUGCAUCUAAAUUAGUGAAUAACUGAUGAUGACUGUUGCUCCAAAAUCACAAGUUACUCACCAUAAUAAAGGCCAGUUUUCCCAUCUUAAUUCAUCUACAGUAUUCAGUUAUAUACAUCCCUGUGUUGCCCAAAUGCUGGAUUUGGAUUUGUUUUCUUAAAUGAAUCCAAAUGUUUGCUCAAAAGCUCAUUCCAGAGGAUCAUGGAUUCCAAGUGUUUGAGGAGUAUAUUAGUCCUAAAGUUACUUUUCAUCAGUUUAAAACUUUUUCUCUUGUCCUAUUCAUAGAAUUUAAAAUCCAAACUUAGUUUAGGAAUGGGGAAAAUAAUUGCUUUUAACAAUUCUGUGACUGUAAAAUUUUGCUUGAUAAUUUGCAGGAAUAAAGCUAAUUUUUUAUAAGGAAAACAUUUAUUUUCAGAGUAUAUAUCUCUUCCUGCUCUCUUCCCCUCCUCAAAUGUACAUCCUAAAUCAAUUCACCAGUGGUCACUCUGUAUAAUGCAAUGGGAUACAAUUACCAUCUACUUAAUUUCUUGUGUCUUGCAUCUAUCACUUUGAUUACUCCUGCCCACCAUCAUUCGAUUCACUUGCAGGAAGAACAGCUUUCUUUGUGCCCAACCAGUUUGAAGCAUUCUCAUAGCAGGGUGAAUGGAGAAUAGAUCAAUUCCUGUUUUAAAUUGCUUUCCAACAUGAUCCCCAGCUGAGAAUUGUUGGGAAUCCAUCCAGUGGUGACUAGAAGCCUCAGGUAGCUCCGUUCAGCAUAGGAUUGCCAACUUUAAUCAGAUGUAUUUAUUUUUAAGUUUCAUCUCAUGACCUUCAACCUUCACACUUAGUCAAACAGCUCUAUAUUGCAUAGUCAGGGACACCUUUCAUUUAUAUACCACCUUUACCAUAGUAAAACUUCACUCCUUCAAACCUUGGCAUAAUUUAAUGGGGAGACACCUUCUAAUAUCACAAAAAACAUUAUCGAAGCACUAAUUUAAGAAGUAAUCUCAAGGAAAAGAGGAGGUACAGAUAUUUUCCAAGUUUUUUUUAUAAUUCCUAAACAUGUUUAAAGAAAACUAAUUUCUUAUUAAUUCACCAUGAUUACUUUCAGUAGUACCCAGUACCUAAAUCUCAGUGAAUUCUGAACAAUCUCAGUGAGUUAGUAACCCUAAUUCUUCAUCAGUAUCUAGAUAUAGGGCUCCCUGAGCAGAACUGGGAUCAUGAGUCUUUAAUCCCCUAGGGGUAAUGAACAGUUAUUUGAAAUGCCCUCCCAUGUUUUAACAUUCACGUUUGUCUUAUUCAGUCAAGUGUAAUCUGUAUUGAAUCCAUCUCAGUUUAAUAGUAGUUCUAUUCGUGUAAAUAAAUCCCAACUGUAAAGAAAAUUUUAUAAAAUCAUAAUUCAAAAUGCUUGUUACAUUUUAGUUUUGCUAAUAAAUGUCAUGCCUUACAACUUGUAUUAAUUCUAAAAUUGUGAAGUAGCAAAAUGCUUUCUGUAUAUCAGGACUUUUUAACUCCUUUUUAGUAUCCCUGCUGCCCUCCUCCGAGAUACAUGCUGGUCUCAGGCUUUUAACUGAAGAGUAAAUGCUGUGAUGUUUUUAGAUUUCCUAUGUGUGGAAACAGGCCCUUUGGCUCAACCAGUCCACACCGACCAUCCGAAGAGUAACCCACCCAGACGCAUUUC